UUAUUUUCUCAGGUGAAUAAAUUUGUCUAGGAAAUUUAAUAUUAUAGUUGAGUGAAUAUUUAGCUGAACUAAUAACUAAUUUGUUAUAAUAGCCUGCUUUCUUUACAUCAAAAUAUAGGGGUGUUGGAAUUUCUUAUAAAGUAAUUAGUGUUUUGAGACUGGCUAGUCAGGAUAAUACUUCAACCAUUGUUCAAAAGCAUUUAUGCCUGCAGGGGCAGGACUGUAUGAUUGAAUUGGGCCCAGGGGAGAGACUGUAGCUAAAUGGAAAGCACAUGUUUAUUUAUGGGUGGCAGCAGCCACCACUCAGCUCUAAUCAAUAGUUGCCAUAUUGGAAUUGGGCUCAAGAUUACCAAAUCUUUUGCUCUUUCAAGAAAAAAAAAAAAAAGUUUGAUUUAUGAAAUCUCCUGACUUUUAGAUGUUUGCCCAGUUUUAAAAAAAACAAGAACAAAACCACAAACAUUCAUGUGAGCCAAACAAAACAUAUUUGUGGGAGAUAAACUGCCAUUCUAUGAACUGCCAUUUGCAACUUGUCAACUGUCACAUCAGUUUAGACUGUAGAGUGCAGUAACUACUAAAUAGCACCUCUCACCAGCGUUUGUGCUAUGGAGUGAAAGGACCAUUCUCUCUACACAAAGAGUGGUACACCUAAUAGCAUGGACUUGAACUACACUACUAAUUUGUUAGUCCUUGGUUGUAUUACAAUAGCUAACUGUUAAGCAACUGUUAAGCAACAAUUAGCUAUUACAAUACAACCAAGAACUGACAAAGAUUUUAGGUUGACCCUUUAUUGCUAAACAUGGAUCAUUUUAGUUUAUAAGAUGGGAUAAGAUUCAGAAGUGUAUGAAUCUGUUCUCACAUUGCUAUAAAUAAAUACCUGAGACUAAGUCAUGUAUAUAAGAAAAAUAGGUUUAAAUUGGCCCAUAGUUCUACAGGCUGUACAGGAAGCGUAGCAGCUUCUGUUUUUGGGGAGGCCUCGGAAAGCUUCCAGUCAUGGUGGAAGGCAAAGAGGGAGUGAGCAUCUCACUUGACCACAGCAGGAGCAAGAGAGAGGGAGAAGGUGCCACACAUUUUUAAAGGGCCACAUCUCAUGAGACCUCACUCACUGUUUCGAGAAUAGUACCAAGGGGAUGGUACUAAACCAUUCAUGGAAAAUCCACCUCCAUGAUCCAGUUACCUCUCACCAGGCCGCACCUCCAGUGCUGGGGAUUACAAUUUGACAUGAGAUUUGGUGUGGACGCAGAUAAAAACCAUAUCAAGAAGUAUGGACCCAGCAAAAUUGAGUAAAAGGAUCUCGUCCACCUCCAUCGCCCCUCAGGCAGCACACCAAGUGUGUAGCCUUCUGUCGUUUAGAUUGUGAUCCAUAUACUCAUGUUUCCCCUCUUUCAUGUCAUCCGUCGCCACACCCUUUCAUUCUUGGUGACCCAAGUGGACCUCUCUUAAAUAACAGCUACCCUAUCUAGCUUCCCAAGCAUGUCUGAUUGUUUUAAUAAGCUUUUACACUUUCUCUUACACCUCUAAAUAUAUGUUUAAACUCUAAACUCCUCCCCAACACCACCAAACCACAUCUCAUAGAAAGAUUGUAUCAUUACAGAUACUGAAAUGUUAACAAUGAAAUCUUUCAGAAAUAAGCAAAUAGAAAGGUGCUUAUGUACAAUUUCUGUUUAUUUCUGAAAACAUAGUAUGUAGAUAAUUUUACUCUGUCUGCAUUAGUUCUUGUGCAAAAAUAGUUGCUUACCACUGCUUGAGAAAGUCAAUCCCUUUAAAUACCAAAAUUAAAAAAUGAAAUUAAACUCUAGUGAAAUGUUUUAAGUUGUUGUAUGCAAAAAGAAUCUUCUUUCUAUUAGAGAGUAAAGCACCAUCUUUUCUAUAAGUUAGUCUUUUUAGAUUUAACUGGGAGCUUAAAACUAUAAAACUUAAUAUGGACUUUAAGAGUUAAAAUUCAAGUAUAGCUGCAUUAAAUUUAUUGCCUGCAUUAUAUCUGGGGGACACAUAUACUUGAAUUCAUCACAUAAACCAAGAUAUAUGUUUGGUCCAUUAAAAUGAAAGUCAACAAUUAUUUUCAAAUUACAUUUUAAGAGCAAAUUUACAUAGAAACGAAAGAACUUGAAUGAAAAUGUAAUGCUUAGGCAAAACAAUUUCUGAAGUGGUAUGAAAAAUACCUGCUACUACUUGCAAUGAUAGUGUAAGCUUUGUGAUCUUGGAGAAAUAAUGUCAUUCACUUCAUUAUUAGGGCUGUUAGGUUAAAUUAAAAGAUUAUAUAUUAUUGUCAUAUGUAGUGUCUAUUCAGGUCUAAAAUCGAUCCUCAAAUUUCUCAUUCAUUAAUUUUUCUAUGUUCUAGUUUUGGUUGAGGGAGUCAGAAUAAUAAAGGAUUUGAAACCUCAGGACAAGUGAUUUUUGUUUGUUUAAAGAUGUUCAUAAAACACUUUAUAGUAUCUUUUUGUCAGCAUCGUUUAGUGUUUCUUUUCACAAACUUACUCCUAAGGCAUACAAAAUGGGAAACCUCUGGGAAUAAAGGAAUUUCACAGAACCAUUGAAAAUAACUACAUAUUUUAGAUGUGAAAUGUUCAUAGCUGAUGAAUAUUUGCCUUUCUAAGUAAACUUCUCCCUGCUCCAUCAUUAUCAAUUUAUAUCUGAAAAUAGGGAACUGUGUAAAGCUAGAAGACAAAUUGCUUGUGAAUCUCACAGAGUGCAAAGUGCAGUCAGUUCCCUCUGGGAUGAUCCUACAAACUUGAUAUUACACAGAUAUUGAACAACCUUUAUGCAGUAAGAAGCCUUUUUAAAAAUUACAUUUCUGGGAACCAAGAUGGCGCUGCAAAUGUCAUUAGUUUCAUAGGUAAUAUGCUGACAUGCUUGAUUAAUUAUAUUGUGAAUAAAUCAGAUUUUCGUGGUGUUAAAAAUUCUUCCCUUAAAGACCUGAAGAAGGAAACUAUAGAGGAAAAAAAAAUUAUUCAUGAUUAAUGCUGAUCUCUCUAGACUUUAGAGUACCUCUCUUGUCUAGUAUAAAGUGUUUCUAAUUGUUGUACUUAAAAUAAUACUUUAAAGCUUGUGAUUUUUAGAGAUAAAGGAUGAACAGCAUAUGAGUAUAUUUUAAAAUUUCUUAUACUGCCGUAUUCACCAAGAAUUGUUUUGUUUGCUGUUUAGCAAAUUAACUUUCCUAUUUUUUUUAAGUAACAAUUGAGCUAGUUUUCUAUUUGAGUUCAGUGGAAGUUGAGUUGGAUUAUUUGUAUUUCUUUUCUCUUAAACCAUGCAGUGUUCUUUAUUUGCUGAUUAUGGUAUGCUUUUACUAAGCCUAUGAGAAGCUUCUCUGCGAAGUGCAUUUUAAUAUUUAGAUCAAACAGUGAUUGGAAUACAUUAAUGCCCAGUGGGUAAACGUGUCAUUUGAAAGCAGCUGCUGAGCCUUCUCCCUGCUGCUCCAAUUAACACAUACAGCACACUCCUGUCAGCAAGAAGGCUGUGCAUAUGGAUGAAACCACUUUGCUGCUUAUUAAUAUGAUAUGCAAGAGAGCACAGAGGGUUAAUCGGUCUGCCCAUUGCAAAACAAUAGCCUUUCAAGAGGUUUCCGAAGCACAUGUUUUGAGAUUAUGUGGGCUAGGAUUAGGGUGUGAGAUUAGCAGGUAAGAAAGUCAGUUCAGUCUCUAACUUUGGUUCAGUCCAUUGACUAAUGUGUUUCCCCGCCCCUCUCUUCUCCUAUACCCCCGCCCCUAUGAUGGGAUGAUGGAGAUAUUGGAUAGUGAAAUUCUAGUGCUGGGACUCCUCUUUCCUCAGCUGAAUCUCUUGAACUUUGUUUUGUUUUGUUUGGAAGCUAUUUAAAGUCCAAAGCUUUGCUGUUCGUUUUUUCCUCUUAGUUUUUCAUUACGAUUUUUACUUUCUCUUUUCCUCUUUUUUAAAAAAAUUGCAGAUUUGACAGUUUAUUGAACUAAAUGAGAAAUAUUGUCAAAAUAAAUCUGUAUCGCUAUUAUUAUCUUUCCACUCCUAUGGUCAAAGUCACCGUGUUGAUGGUAGCCCAGAGGCAGAUAGAAGGGUAGCCGUCCUGGUCCAGGUUUGGUAUUGGUCAUUCAUGCUCCACCGGCUCCCAGAGCAGCUGGGCUGUUGCUGUGCUCUCGUGCUAGCUGUGCCGCGCUGCACAGUGAGUGAGAGAUGGACCGCUUCCUGGGUUUUGUCAAGGCGAUAAGAAGAUCUAGGAGAAGAAAGGGGAAAAAGUACCGACCAGAAGAGGAUUACCACGAGGGCUAUGAGGAUGUCUAUUAUUACGCUUCAGAGCAUUUUCGAAAUGAGAGUCCCUACACUAAAUCCGCCAGCCAGACAAAGCCGCCUGAUGGAGCAUUGGCUGUGAGGAGACAGAGCAUCCCAGAGGAAUUCAAGGGCUCCACAGUUGUUGAGCUGAUGAAGAAGGAAGGCACUACCCUGGGUCUGACGGUAUCGGGAGGAAUUGAUAAGGACGGCAAGCCAAGGGUGUCUAAUCUGCGGCAAGGAGGAAUUGCUGCUAGAAGUGACCAGCUGGAUGUAGGUGACUACAUCAAAGCAGUGAAUGGAAUCAACCUGGCCAAAUUCCGCCAUGAUGAGAUCAUCAGCUUGCUGAAGAAUGUGGGAGAAAGAGUGGUUCUUGAAGUAGAAUAUGAGCUUCCGCCAGUCUCUGUGCAAGGAUCAAGUGUUAUUUUCCGAACAGUGGAGGUCACAUUACAUAAAGAAGGCAAUACCUUUGGUUUUGUAAUACGAGGGGGAGCACAUGAUGAUAGAAAUAAAUCUCGUCCAGUUGUGAUAACAUGUGUUCGUCCUGGAGGGCCUGCUGACAGAGAGGGCACGAUCAAACCUGGUGACAGGUUGCUCAGUGUGGAUGGAAUUCGGCUUCUUGGAACCACACAUGCUGAAGCCAUGAGUAUUCUUAAACAAUGUGGACAAGAAGCAACACUGCUGAUAGAAUAUGAUGUCUCAGUAAUGGAUUCUGUGGCAACAGCAUCUGGGCCACUACUAGUCGAAGUUGCCAAAACUCCUGGUGCCAGCCUUGGGGUUGCCCUAACUACCUCGAUGUGCUGUAACAAACAAGUCAUUGUCAUAGACAAAAUCAAAUCUGCAAGUAUUGCAGACAGAUGUGGCGCACUGCACGUGGGAGAUCACAUCCUCUCCAUCGACGGAACCAGCAUGGAGUACUGUACACUCGCAGAAGCAACCCAGUUCCUGGCCAACACCACUGACCAGGUCAAGCUUGAGAUCCUUCCCCAUCAUCAGACCCGGCUGGCCCUAAAGGGGCCCGACCAUGUGAAAAUUCAGAGGAGCGACAGGCAACUGACCUGGGAUUCAUGGGCCAGCAACCACAGCAGUCUUCACACCAACCAUCACUAUAACACCUACCACCCUGACCAUUGCAGAGUACCAGCCCUGACAUUCCCGAAAGCACCUCCUCCAAACAGCCCUCCAGCUUUGGUGUCUUCAUCCUUCUCUCCUACCUCCAUGAGUGCAUACAGCCUGAGUUCCCUGAAUAUGGGGACUCUACCCCGAAGCCUCUACUCCACCAGCCCACGUGGAACCAUGAUGAGGAGGAGACUGAAAAAGAAAGACUUCAAAAGCUCACUGUCCUUAGCCUCUAGCACAGUGGGAUUGGCUGGGCAGGUUGUUCAUACAGAAACCACAGAGGUUGUGCUGACAGCAGAUCCUGUCACAGGAUUUGGGAUCCAACUGCAGGGCAGCGUCUUUGCCACAGAAACGCUCUCUUCUCCACCUCUGAUUUCCUAUAUUGAAGCUGACAGCCCAGCAGAGAGAUGUGGGGUGCUACAGAUUGGAGACAGAGUGAUGGCCAUCAAUGGAAUUCCAACAGAAGACAGCACCUUUGAAGAAGCCAAUCAGCUCCUCCGAGACUCUUCAAUCACGAGCAAGGUCACGCUGGAAAUCGAGUUUGAUGUUGCAGAGUCUGUCAUCCCAAGUAGUGGAACAUUUCAUGUAAAGCUCCCUAAGAAACACAAUGUGGAACUUGGAAUAACCAUAAGUUCACCAUCCAGUAGAAAACCAGGAGACCCCCUCGUCAUUUCAGAUAUCAAGAAAGGGAGUGUGGCACACAGAACUGGGACCCUGGAACUUGGGGAUAAAUUACUCGCGAUAGAUAAUAUCCGGCUGGACAGCUGUUCCAUGGAAGAUGCAGUUCAGAUCCUCCAGCAAUGUGAAGACCUGGUGAAGCUCAAAAUCCGCAAAGAUGAAGAUAAUUCAGAUGAGCAAGAAAGUUCCGGAGCGAUUAUUUACACCGUGGAGCUUAAACGCUAUGGGGGGCCCCUUGGCAUCACAAUUUCAGGAACUGAAGAGCCAUUUGAUCCUAUAAUCAUUUCAAGCCUCACUAAAGGGGGAUUAGCUGAAAGAACUGGCGCAAUCCACAUAGGAGACCGAAUCCUAGCCAUCAACAGCAGCAGCUUGAAAGGGAAGCCUCUGAGUGAAGCCAUCCAUUUGUUACAGAUGGCAGGAGAGACUGUCACCUUGAAAAUUAAGAAACAAACAGAUGCCCAGUCGGCAUCAAGCCCCAAGAAGUUCCCCAUUUCUAGCCAUUUGAGUGACCUGGGGGAUGUGGAGGAGGACUCCUCGCCAGCACAGAAGCCAGGCAAGCUCUCUGAUACGUACCCCUCCACAGUGCCAAGUGUGGACAGUGCUGUGGAUUCAUGGGAUGGGUCUGCAAUAGACACCAGCUAUGGAAAUCAAGGCACUAGUUUUCAGGCCUCAGGAUACAAUUUCAACACAUAUGACUGGAGGAGUCCAAAACAAAGAGGCAGCUUGUCCCCGGUAACUAAGCCUCGAAGCCAGACUUACCCAGAUGUGGGGCUAAGUAAUGAAGACUGGGACCGGUCCACAGUCAGUGGUUUUGCAGGGGCUGCCGAUAGUGCAGAGACAGAACAAGAGGAGAACUUCUGGUCUCAAGCGCUGGAAGAUUUGGAAACCUGCGGACAGUCGGGAAUUCUGAGAGAACUGGAGGAGAAAGCUGACAGGCGUGUGUCUUUGAGAAACAUGACUCUCUUGGCAACAAUCAUGUCUGGGAGCACGAUGAGUUUGAAUCAUGAGGCUCCAACACCUCGCAGUCAGCUGGGGCGACAGGCCAGCUUCCAGGAGCGCAGCAGCUCGCGGCCACACUACAGCCAAACAACUCGGAGCAACACCCUGCCCUCAGAUGUGGGUAGGAAGUCAGUAACCCUGAGAAAAAUGAAACAAGAAAUAAAAGAGAUCAUGUCCCCAACUCCUGUGGAGCUGCAUAAGGUGACCUUGUACAAGGACUCUGACAUGGAGGACUUUGGGUUCAGUGUAGCGGAUGGCUUGCUGGAGAAAGGAGUGUAUGUCAAAAAUAUUCGCCCAGCUGGGCCAGGAGAUCUUGGUGGCUUAAAGCCCUAUGACAGGCUCUUACAGGUGAAUCACGUCCGAACCAGAGACUUUGACUGCUGCCUUGUUGUGCCCCUCAUAGCAGAAUCCGGGAAUAAGCUGGACCUGGUUAUUAGUAGAAACCCGUUGGCUUCACAGAAGUCUAUAGAACAACAGAGUCUACCAGGAGACUGGAGUGAACAGAACAGUGCUUUUUUCCAGCAGCCUAGCCAUGGUGGUAAUUUGGAGACACGAGAACCCACUAAUACAUUAUAGCAACGCUUUUUAUAAAGCAGGACAAAAGACAAUAUCUACAUGGUGCUAAAAAUACCUUUAAGAUUUCUGUGACAUUUGAAGCACAGAUGAUCACAUGGCAUUAACCGCAAGCACAGGGGUCUUUUAAAUCUCUCAUGGCUCAUGUUCACUUCCCUUUUCAAGUUGAAGAGGUUUCUUUUUUGGUGACCACUAUGGUCUAUGGCGGGCAAUGCCCUGCCAGGCCCAAUGGUAGAGAAAAAUAGGCCGCCCCCCAACCCUACAAUGAACAUCAGAGGAAAUUUUUUACAAGUUCAUCUUACUAUCACUUUUUAAAAAGAGAAACAUCUGUUUGAAAAUAUUCUCUAUGAUGAUUUCCUUAAUUCACUUUGAAAUCGGUUUCUUACUAUGAAGUCGUUAAUGUAAGAACUUGACCAACAAGGCUUUUCUUCUCAUAAGCUGGCUCUAGGGGAAUGAGUGUUUGGUAAACUGCUGGGACUGCCACAGUGGGAGGGGUACAGGUAUAAAAUUAAGUUAUCUUAAAAUGUUUCAGCAAUGAUGCACGUAGGAGACCAUAAUAGGUGGUGGUAACUGUUUUGCUGAAGUAUAGGAAUGAUUUUAACUAAGAUGUAUGCUAUUCCCUAUGCAACAAAUUAUCAAACAGGAUAUGUCUUGUGACCUGUUUUUUUUUUUUAAGGACACAUUUUUAAUAGCUGAAAAUCUCUGAUAAUGAAUUAGAGUGUGUAGUAAACACGAGAAUUAGCUAUAUUACCUUAUUUUUUAAAUUCAAGACUAAGAACUUAAGAGAGAAUGAAGAGUCUAUUAAAAUGAGGUUCCUCUUAAUGAUAGGCAAAUCAAACUCAUACUGCUUGAUAUGUUUUUGAAAACUGGUAAUAUUGAGGGUGUACAGCACAUGUACUUAAAAAUGACACUGGACUAUCUUUUGUUCUGAGCCAUGCCACUUACUGAAAUUGUAAAUACAUUUUUCACAAAUGCAUUGCCAAUUAUUACCAUCCCUCAAAGCAAUAAAUUGUGACAGUUGCUUUAAAUGUUUGUCAGCAACUGUUUUCAUUUGUUCAGAUAUUUUGAAUAGCUACACUAAUAACUGUUAUUUGGUGAAUAUAAAAAAAUAGAUCUGUAUAUUGAUGGUAGACUCUCCAUAUUGAAAUGAUUAUUUUCCAAACAUUUUCAUUUUGGUCAAUAAUUCAAACUUUACCACUUAGGCAAAGCAUUCAAACACUGUGUCCUUUGUUGUUUAAGAAAAAAAAAAUCACCUUUCUUUUUGUGCAAAAAAAUAUUUAUUUCAAUCACAUUUCAGAACCGCCAGGGCAGGAAGGUAUAAAGCAGAAUCAUGUUAAGAAAAAAGAUCAUGAGUCACUUAAAUAUGUAUUUUUAUUUGUAACAAGUAUUAAACUGUAAAGUAUUUUUGUACAAAUUUAAUACUUUAAUAGCAUGGUAUUUAUCGUCUAUGUAUGGUUUUGGGGAAUUCAAAUUGUUCAAAUAUUUGUAUGGAAAAAAAAAAACCCUCUACCAAAUGGAAUAAACAGUGAUUUUAAAAAGCCAAA